AUGUCGUGGGCUAAUACGGGCAUGCAAGCCCUGAUACCGAUUAUUAAUAGAUUACAGGAUGCGUUUGCCCAAUUAGGAACAUCACUAAACUUUGACCUCCCACAGAUAGCAGUAGUCGGAGGACAAAGCGCGGGCAAAUCAUCUGUGCUCGAAAAUUUCGUUGGAAAAGAUUUUCUUCCUCGAGGAUCAGGCAUCGUUACCCGCAGACCAUUAAUUUUGCAACUGGUACAUGAUCAGCACGUAGAAUAUGGAGAAUUUUUGCACAAAAGAGGACAAAAAUUCACUGAUUUUGAAAUGAUCAGGAAAGAAAUUGAAGAUGAAACAGAUCGUAUAACGGGUCAAAAUAAGGGCAUCUCGCCAAUUCCAAUCAAUUUGAGAAUUUUCAGUCCGAAUGUAUUGAACUUGACUCUUAUCGAUUUGCCGGGCUUGACAAAAGUGCCGGUCGGUGAUCAACCUCCGGAUAUAGAGCAUCAGAUACGAGAAAUGCUGUUAACUUAUAUUUCACGUGAAACGUGUCUCGUUUUGGCAGUUACUCCAGCGAAUAGUGAUCUUGCUACAUCUGAUGCACUUAAACUUGCGCGAGAGGUUGAUCCACAAGGACUGCGAACCAUCGGUGUGUUAACAAAGUUGGAUCUGAUGGAUGAAGGUACUGAUGCUCGUGAUAUUUUGGAGAAUCGUUUAUUCCCACUUCGUAGAGGUUAUAUUGGUGUUGUAAAUCGAGGUCAGAAAGACAUUGUUGGUAAAAAAGAUAUUAGGGCAGCACUUGAUGCCGAGCGAAAAUUCUUCAUAUCACAUCCUGCAUAUCGACAUCUGGCAGAUCGUUUGGGAACACCAUAUUUACAAAGGACGCUAAAUCAGCAACUUACAAACCAUAUCAAAGAUACGUUACCGGCAUUAAGAGAUUCGCUUCAGAAAAAACUGUACGCAUUGGAAAAGGAUGUUAAUGAAUAUAAAAAUUUCCAGCCAAAUGAUCCUUCCAGAAAGACGAAAGCUCUUAUGCAGAUGGUACAAACUUUCACAACAGAUAUCGAGCGAUCAAUUGAAGGAUCAUCAUCGAAGGCUGUAAGUACAAAUGAAUUAUCAGGAGGUGCACGAAUUAAUCGAAUUUUUCACGAACGAUUUCCAUUCGAAAUUGUCAAAAUGGAAAUUGAUGAAAAGGAAAUGAGACGAGAAAUACAAAUUGCAAUACGUAACAUUCAUGGUAUUCGUGUUGGUCUAUUCACACCUGACAUGGCAUUUGAAGCUAUUGUAAAGAAACAAAUCGAACGACUAAAGGAACCAUCAUUGAAAUGUGUUGAUUUAGUUGUAAAUGAAUUGGCCUCUGUUGUGCGACAGUGUGCUCAAUGUGUUGCACGUUAUCCAAGAUUACGAGACGAAAUUGAACGAAUUGUAACCACAAAUAUGCGAGAAAAAGAGCAAUCUGCAAAAUAUCACAUAUCGAUGCUUGUUGAUUACGAACUUGCUUAUAUGAAUACUAAUCAUGAAGAUUUCAUUGGAUUUUCAAAUGCGGAAGCAAAGGCAUCGUCUACUUCACAAAAGAAAAAUCUUGGUAAUCAGGUGAUAAGGAAAGGUUGGUUAUCAGUGCACAAUAUAUCUUUCGUGCGUGGUUCAAAAGAUUGUUGGUUUGUUCUCACAUCUGACAGUUUGUCAUGGUAUAAGGAUGACGAGGAAAAGGAAAAAAAGUAUAUGCUACCGUUGGAUGGAAUAAAAUUGCGAGAUCUCGAAGCUGGUUUUAUGUCGAAGCAGCACAAAUUCGCUCUGUUCUACCCCGACGGAAAGAAUAUCUACAAGGAUUAUAAACAACUGGAAUUGAGUGCUAGCAAUCUGGAUGAAGUAGAUGCCUGGAAAGCAUCAUUUCUUCGUGCUGGUGUUUACCCAGAAAAGGAGAAACCAGUCGAAGAUGGUGAGACAGUUACGGAAAUUGAAGAAACAUCAGUGGAUCCACAGCUCGAACGUCAAGUGGAAACAAUUCGUAAUUUGGUCGACUCUUACAUGCGGAUUGUUACAAAAACAAUACGAGAUCUUGUACCGAAAGCAAUUAUGUUUCUCAUUGUUAAUAAAGUUAGUGAAUUUCUGCGCGAUGGUGAUCUUUUGGCUAAUCUUUAUCAGCUUGGUGAUACAGAUUCAUUGAUGGAAGAAAGCCAGCUUGAAGCGCAAAAACGAGAAGAAAUGUUUCGAAUGUAUCAUGCUUGUAAGGAAGCGUUAAAAAUUAUUGGCGAAGUAAAUAUGUCUACGAUGUCAACUGAUGCACCUCCUGCAGUAGCAAGCGAUUGGUUGAGAUCUAAUGGACCAUCUCCGAUACCGCGACCUGGAAUGGGUGGUGGAUUAACUGCGCAGCGUCCAGCUCCAAUGCCACCACGGCCAACGGGAAAUGUGCAGGGUGCAUCUUCGCUUGCGAGUCGACCACUACCGGGACCACCGGGUGGCCUUCCUGCUCCGCUGCUACCCAUUCGAGUGCAUAACAAUUCAGCGGUUCAAAAUGGUGUACCACCAAGGAUACCAGAUAGACCACAGAUACCUUCACGUCCUUACUGA